ACUCUAGGUCAUCUGGAGAAGGCUGUGGUUCUGGAGCUCACCUUGAAGCAUGUGAAAGCACUCACCAAUCUCAUUGAGCAGCAGCAGCAGAAAAUAAUUGCUUUGCAGAAUGGUUUACAAGCGGGUGACCUGUCAUCAAGAAACCUUGAUUCCAGCCAGGAAAUGUUUCGAUCCGGUUUCCAGAUGUGUGCCAAGGAAAUGCUGCAAUACCUGGCAAAGCACGAGAACGGCAAGGACCUGAAGCCGUCACAGCUGGUCAGCCAUCUGCACCGAAUGGCUUCUGAGGUGCUCCAGGGCGGAGCCGGCCGCAAGGCUGGAGACAUCCCUCCUAAAAUGGUGGACUUGAAGGAGAAACCCGUCUCCUUGACCAAAGCGGCGGAGGGCCACGGGAAGAACUGCGUGCCCGUGAUCCAGAGGACAUUUGCUCACUCCAGCGGGGAGCAGAGCGGCAGCGACACAGAUACAGACAGCGGGUACGGGGGAGAGCUGGAGAAAAGCGACUCCAAAUCUGAACAGCAGUAUUUCAAAAAGGAUACCGAACUCAAGUACGCUGUCCAGGAGAGAAUAAGCUCUAUUAAACAAGAGACUGAGGACCCGCCGGCCAAAAGGAGCAGGCUGGAGUCGCCAGAGGACGAGAGCCCUUUUGGCAGCGACAUGAUGGGCUCCUCCAGCAGCUUCCUGGGCCCCCACGCCCACCAGCCGCCCCUGUGCCUGCCUUUCUAUCUGAUCCCACCGUCCGCCACGGCCUAUCUGCCCAUGCUGGAGAAGUGCUGGUACCCGGCCUCUGUACCUGUCCUGUACCCCAGCCUCCCCGCCUCUGCCGCAGCACUUACGGGGUUCAUGAACCCUGAUAAAAUCUCCCCGCCUCUGCUGAUGCCCCAGAGACUCCCAUCUCCCGUACCAGCCCAUUCCCCUAUCGACUCCUCAGCUCUGCUUCAAGCUUUGAAGCAGAUUCCUCCUUUGAACUUGGAAACCAAAGACUAA